AGAGAGAAAACGCCAAAGCAUUAGAACCCAGCUGAAUUGAACGCGUAGAUAAUACAUGCAGAGUGAGCCGAGAGUUUUAGUACAACUUCAGGUGCAACCUGCCCCGCAGGUCCGGGAGUUCGGACUCCGGUUACAAUUCACACAGGAGCAACCAACACGGGGGUUCAGCGACACGUCCCGGCUGCAGCCUCCAAACUGGUGCUCUACAGUUCACAAUGCCAAAAUCAUUCCUGGUGAAAAGCAGAAAAACUGGCUCUUUUAACCAGCCUCGAUACAACGAUGAUGAAGUGUCAAACAACCUGGAGCCGGUGUUGACACCUCCUGUUGAUUUACCCAUAUGGUCUCCAGUAGAAAACACGGGCCCCUCCACUGGGCCGAAUAUCCCUGACCGUGAACAUGAACAAGAAGACACUCCAUUGGAGAAUGGCGGAGACUAUCAGAGAGGGUCCUUGAGCCUGACUAAAGCUGCUACAUACGACAUCCCUCCAGGGUCAGGAACCCUUCUCUCGAGAUCUUCUGGCAAUAAAGAAUGUUUGCUGACCUCCGCCCACAAGCCAGGCUUUCCCUGGGGCCCGUUCCAGAACAUAUACGACUUCUGCCAUCUCUCCCCCAGCUUCCAGUCCUCUCUCUUGGUCAACACGGGUGGUCUGUACAGGACCCCUGUUUCAAGGCCACUGGAGAUCGACCAGCCCAUUGACUACAGCACACAUUACUCCUCAGGAUCAAAUGCUUACCACUGCAUAAAGUGUAACAAGGUCUUCUCCACGCCCCACGGCCUGGAGGUCCACGUCAGGAGGUCUCACAGUGGCAUCCGACCCUUCGCCUGUGACCUGUGUGGGAAAACAUUUGGCCAUGCCGUAAGCCUGGAGCAACACCUGAACAUCCAUUCACAGGAGAGGAUCUUUGAAUGUAAAAUGUGUGGGAAAACCUUCAAGCGAUCGUCCACACUGUCCACCCACCUGCUGAUUCACUCCGACACCCGGCCUUACCCCUGUCAGUAUUGUGGAAAACGAUUCCACCAGAAGUCAGACAUGAAGAAGCACACUUACAUUCACACAGGUGAGAAGCCUCACAAGUGUCAGGUGUGUGGGAAAGCGUUCAGCCAGAGCUCCAACCUCAUCACCCACAGCCGCAAACACAGUGGCUUCAAACCCUUUGGUUGCGAGCUGUGUGCCAAGGGCUUCCAACGCAAAGUGGACCUCCGCCGUCACUGCGAGACUCAGCACGGCUUGAAGUGUUAGGACUCGGGCGCAAGGAACUGCAGAUGCUGGAAUCUUGAGUAAAAACACAAUGUGUUAGGGGUACACAGUGGAUUAUGCCCCUGUCCCACUUAGGAAACCUGAAAGGAAACCUCUGGAGACUUUGCGCCCCACCCAAGGUUUCCGUGCGGUUCCCGGAGGUUUUCGUCAGUCUCCCUACCUGCUUCCACUACCUGCAACCUCCGGCAACCACCUGCAACCUCCGGGAACUGUACAGAAACCUUGGGUGGGGCGCAAAGUCUCCAGAGGUUUCCGUCCAGGUUUCCUAGGCAGCGACCAUGGAGGAAAUGGGCGCGUGAUAACACCCGUCUAUUCCCUCCACAGACGCUGACUGAUCCGCUGAGUUACUCCAGCACUUAGUAUUUCGUUGAAGUGUUGGAAGCCUCUCUUGGAAGUGCAGGGUGAGGGGUAGGAGACUGGGAGUGCAGAGGGGGAAUAUGACAACAAGUGACCAUCAUCAGCCAGAAUGAACGAGCCCCUGCCCACCCCCUCCCCUCCUCCCUCUCCCAUUCACUUGCUGUGCACAGAAGAAAAAGACUGGCUGGAAGGUGGGGAGAUUCAACUGGCUCCAUGCACCCAAGGAAAGCCCAAUCCCUAUCGGUUUGGUUUUUCCUCAGUUGUCCUGUCAACUGUUUUCCCGAUACUUUGAAAUAAUUUUGCUGUAAUGUCUUUUAUUCUGUUCCAUCAUUGACCCACAGAUUGUCCAUUGCUUCAAAACUCUCCAACCCUUUCUCAUUCCUCCUCCCUAUCUGUUUUAAUUCUUUCAACCCUGGAAAUAUUGGAAAUCGUUACUUAUUUCCGAUUCGAGCUACCUGCCCUUGGUUCUACCAUUGGUUUAAGCUGCCCAAGCUCCAAAUCCCAGAAUCUCCUACCUAUUCUGCCACCUCUCCCAAUCUUCCCCUUUUUAAGAACUUUUCAUAGCCUAUCUCUCUGACCAUGCUUUUGAUAGACAGUCCUAUUGAGUGACAUUGAGCACCUGAAUGUCAUAUGUCUGAAGCAAUGUCUGAAUGAGUAGCGCAGCUGGUAGAGCUGCGGCCUCACAGCUUCAGAGACCCCAGUUGAAUCCUGACCUCGGGUGUUGACUGUGUGGAGUUUGCAUGUUCUCCCUGAGACCGAGUGGGAUUUUUCUGGGUGCUCCCGUUUCCUCCUACAUCUUAAAGGUUUGUAGGUCAAUUGGCCUCUGUAAAUUGCCCCAAGUGUGUCGGGAGUGGACGCGAAAGUGGGAUAACAAGGACGAGUGUGAAUGGGUGAUCAAUGUUGACGUGGACUUGGUGGGCCAAAGGGCCUUUCUCGAUGUUGUAUCUUUCAAUCAAUUCAAUGAAUCGAUUCCACUCUGAUAAUAUCCCCAUGAAGGUUCUGCAGAUGAUUUACAGUGAUAAAGGCACAGUUUAAAUGCACUUUGUUGCUGGUGUAUUAAAAUUAGAAAAUGUUGAGGAUACCCUGUAGAGUGAUAGUCAGAGCUACAUAGAGUCAUACAACAUACAUGGAAACAGGUCCUUUGGCUCAACUCUGUAUAUUGACCAAGAUGCCCCACUUAAACUACCCCCAUUUGCCUGCAUUUAGCCUAUAAUCCUCUAAACCUCUUGUAUCCAUGCGCACGUCUAAAUGUCUUUUAAACAUUGUUAUUCUACCUCCUUCAACUACUUCUUAUGGCAGCUUGGUCCAUAUACCCAGCACUCUCUGUGUGAAAAAGUAGCCCCUCUGGUUUCCAUUAAAUCUUGCUCCUCUCACCUUAAAACUAGUUAUUGAUUCCCCAACCUUGGGGCACAAAGCUUCUGUUCAUUCACCCUAUCUAUUCCCCUCGUGAUUUUAUAAACCUAUAGGAUCACCCCUCAGCCUGCUGCACUCCAAUGCAUAAAGUCCUAGCCUGUUCAACCUCUCUCUAUAGCACAGGCGCUCAAGUCGAGAUAACAUCCUUAUAAAUAUUCCUAGUACUCUUUCCAACUUAAUGGCAUCAUUCCUAUAGCAGAGUGACCAAAGAUGAACAAGUGUGGUCUCACCAGUGUCUUGUUUAACUGUAACAUAACAUUACCAACAUCAAUACUCAUUUCCCUGUCUGAUGAAGGCCAGUGGGCCAAAAGACUUCUUCACCACCUUAUCCACCUGCAACACCACUUUCAGGGAACAGCAGCGGGACCGGUAGUAUCUGCAGAGAGAGCAAGGAAGCUGUGAAAAGUAAGAAUACAAGCAUGUUUUGUAUUGCAGAGAGGAGGGGUGAUGGGAGAGAGUAAAGGCAAUGUCUAUGACCAAGUGAAGACCAGUGGAUGUCGAGGGACACAGUUGUUAGCGCUGCUGUCUGUGGGAGGAAAGGGUUGCUUGCUCAUCAUUGCUGAUCUGCCUGGAGGAGUGUGGAAUAAAGCAGAGGAAGUGAGUCCUGUAGAACUAUAAGAUGCAGACCACAGCAAGUUACUGGAAAUCUGAAAUAACAGAGGAUGUUGACAUACUCGGUAGAUCAAGUAGAAUCUGUGGAGGGGCAAACACUGAGGAUAUUACAAGUGGGCAAUCUCACAUCUGAGCUGGCCGGUUCUGACACAAAGAAUAAAGUCUGUUUAUCUGAACCUGUUGAAUUCUAUUUGAAUUCCCAAGGGCUGCAGUAGCUAUGGAUGGAAGAUGUUUAUGUUAGACUUCGCUGGGAAUGUGCAGAAUCACUGGGAGACCACAGUGGGAGUGGGAUGGAGAAUUAAAGUGACAGGCGACUGGACGCUCAGGGUCAGCCUUGCAGACUGACUGGAAGAUGCUCUGCGAAGCUCUUCCUGCUGAUAGUUAGCGAUAGUUACCCAAACCAAACCAACUGACUGCCUGUGUAGGAAGGAACUGCAGAUGCUGGUUCAAACCGAAGCUUCACACAGAGAUGAAUCUCUGGAACUCUCUGCCACAGAGGGUAGUUGAGGCCAGUUCAUUGGCUAUAUUUAAUAGGGAGUUAGAUGUGGCCAUUGUGGCUAAAGGGAUCAGGGGGUAUGGAGAGAAGGCAGGUACAGGAUACUGAGUUGGAUGAUCAGCCAUGAUCAUAUUGAAUGGCGGUGCAGGUUCGAAGGGCCGAAUGGCCUACUCCUGCACCUAUUUUCUAUGUUUCUAUAGACACAAAAAGCCGGAGUAACUCAGCGGGGCAGGCAGCACCUCUGGAGAGAAGGAAUGGGUGACGUUUCGGGCCGAGACCCAUCUUCAGACUUCCUAGUUUACUCCCCAAUUUGUGUUCAACUGGUUGAUCUCAGCAAAAGAGCAAAGUUUAUGACUGACUUUGUGCUGUUGGAUGUUGCUGGAGAGAGGCGGGUAUUUGACAGAACAUCCAUCCUCUUCAUCAAAUGUAGUUUGGUCACCAGCAUCGUCACUGGGACAGGGAAGUGGUGAGGGUGAGGGGUGGGGUUGGGGAGUGGGUGGAGAAGAAAUAAGUGGCUCAGUACAUGCUGUGAUUUGAAAUCCUUCUUUAAUUUCAUGGAUACAGAAUUGGACAGAAAGUGCUGCAAAGAAAAGGUCAUUGACUUAACAAGUCCCUGUCAAUAUUUGUGUUCCACUCAAACAUCAUCUUGGCACCUCUUUAUCUUCCUUAUUUGCAAAUCUAAUUUCCUCUUGAUUGCAUCUGUGCUUCAUAUACUUCAAAUGUUUUUAUAGUUGCAUGUUCCCAUAUUCUUAAAACCUUCUGAUUUAAAAAAAAGUUUCUCCUGGAUUUGCUAGUGCUUCUUUCAUUCACACGGGUUGCAGUUUUAUUCUUCCUGAGUAAGUGGGUUAACAAUUCCCGCUGGUUCACAUCUGCUAAACACGCGGUAUUGUUGUGGCCGCACAACGUGCUCUGUCUCUGAAAUUUGUUUCCAUUUAAAUCAAUGGGUUCAUUAUCCUACAAACAAACUGCAUCCACCCCACAAGCUGUGUAGUGCAGGCACCACCAAUAAUACAAUACAAAGGCCAAGUCAAAUGAUAUUUUAAGGCAGAGAUAGAUAGAUUCUUGAUUAGUACGGGUGUCAGGGGCUAUGGGGAGAAGGCAGCAGAAUGGGGUUAGAAGGGGGAGAAGGCAGGCACGGGUUAUUGAUUGGGGACGAUCAGCCAUGAUCAGAAUGAAUGGCGGUGCUGGCUCGAAGGGCUGAAUGGCCUCCUCCUGCACCUAUGUUCUAUGAAGAGAUAGAUCAGCCAUGAUUGAAUGGCAUAGACUAGAUGGGCAGAAUGGCCACAUUCUGCUCCGAUCACUUAUGAACAUGUUGGCCCAAAUGUUCAUAAGUUCAUGUUCACAUGUUCUCGGAGCAGAAUAAGGCCAUUUGGCCCAUCAAGUCUACUCCACCAUUCAAUCAUGGCUGAUCUGUCUUUCCCUCUCAACCCCAUUCUCCUGCCUUCGCCCCAUAACCCCUGGCACCCUUACUUAAUCAAAAAUGUGUCAAUCUCUACUUUAAAAAUAUCCAUUGACUUGGCCUCCACAGCCAUCUGCGGCAAUGAAUUCCACAGAGUCUGUGUGAAAUAAAUAUGAUCUCCAGGACCCUGCUGAAAGAAGUCCCAGAAGGAAAAUAAUGGAGUACAUUAUCACUUUUGGUUUGAUUGAGUGAUCCAGUACAUUUCUGGAAAAGCUUUCUCUUCAUUAAAAGAUAAGAAUCAUCCAAUAUUAUAAUAGAGUUAUUUCCUUUCCAAUUUACUGCAAGGCCCGAUGUGGGCAUUUGUAUUUAUGUGUAAAGAGGGAACGGUGGGAUUGCAAUAAACUCAGGAAGGACAAGUGCAUACGUGUGCGUAAUAUGAGUCUUUUCAAAUUCGUAAUUUUCUGUGGUUACAUUAUGGUCACAUCUUGGUCUAAUGUGGGGAUUAGACCAAAUUAUGGUCUAAUCCCCACGUAAAACCAAUUAGACCAAAUUAUGGUCUAAUUGGUCUAAUUCUGUGGGAGCCACAGAAGGUAUUGGUCACAAAAGUCUGGAAUAACUCAGCGGGACAGUGAAGGAACGGAUGAUGUUUCGGGUCGAGACCCUGCUCCAUAUGGGUGACCAGAAUGUAUUAGUCACAGCCACAGAAUAUUUGUCGCGCUCUGUGGGUGAGCCAAUGAUAGUGUAGGGAAAGGAUAAAUCCAGCAAUAUGUUCAAACAAGUUGGGACGUCAGCGUGUGCGAAUGAUAUUUUUUAUUGCAGUUUUUGUUUCUUUCUUAUAGAUACCAGUUAAGCUUAUUCAGAAUAAAA